AUGGCAUUCUCUUACAUUCAACCCUUCCAAUAUGUCGCUCUACGGCUGCCGUCCGAUGCAGUCAGAGUCGAACAGAUACUACCCAACACGAUCAUCAACCUGGGAAAAUACGGCUCUUUUCACACCAAUCAAAUCUUGGGACGUCCUUACCACGUGACCUUCGAGAUCCUCGACCGAUCAGAAGGCCGAGAAGGGAGAGAGCUGAGGAUCGUUCCCGCUGCCGAAUUGCAUGCCGUGGCUCUGGUCGAACAGGCGGAGAUCGAUGAAGCGUCCACUCCGACCGUCGCCAAUGGGGAGACGGGCUCAUCGACUCCCGCCAAGUCAAAUGUCAACAUCCACGAUAUUCGGACCAACCAAAAGCUCACAAUGUCCGAGAUUGAAGCAUUGAAGCAAGAAGAAUUGGGGAGCGGUAGAGACUUGAUUGAAAAGAUCAUGCAAUCUCAUUCGACCCUCGAUCAAAAAACAGCAUUCUCUCUUGCCAAAUACUCCUUACGAAAGCACAAGAAAUACAUGAAAUGGUUCACGCCUCUUCCCUUGGAUAUUCCAACUCUGACAGACUGGUUGAUGGAGGACAGAGAUCCCAGCAAGAUCAUGGAGAUGAGGAAUGAAUCGCUGGGCUUGAUUGGAUGUUGGGCCAACAUCCAUUUCGAUGGAUAUGACGCCAAUGCACUGCCACAGAUGGAUCCAACCUGCCGCUACUUAGUGGUGGAUGACACGGGCGGCCUGGUGGUCGCAGCAAUGGCAGAGCGGAUGGGGAUACUACAUCAGACAUCACUCGAGAAGGACCCCGACCAAUCCGCUGAAGACAGUCCGGACGACGAGGCAGAAGCACACGAAGGAUCUUCACCACACAAGUCCGCCAAACCACAGAAACCCACACCAAUGAGCGCCAAAUCCAACUCCAUCACAUUAAUCCACGCAAACCAACAACCCAACCUUGGUCUGCUACGCUACUUCAACUACGACGCAAAUACACCCACCCAAUCACACCCUCUCUAUACCUGCCUCAAAACAGUAUCCUGGCUACAACUCGUCGAUCCAGAGUCUGACAUGACCUACCAAGAGCCAGAAAUCAUGACGGCCGAAGAGCUCACGAAAGCCAAAUCCAACAAAAGAGCGACCUACUUCCGCAAGCGGCGACGGUGGGAGCGCACCAAAAGCGUCGUGGACGAGACCCGAGCAGGCGGCUUCAAUGGUCUCGUCGUCGCGACCUCGACCGACCCCGUCUCGAUCCUGAGCCAUCUCGUCCCCUUGCUCGCCGGCGGAAGCCAGAUAGUGGUGUACUCUCCGCACGUCGAGCCUCUGGCCGAACUCUCUGACUACUAUUCCACGAGCCGGAGGACGGCAUUCCUCAACGCGCCCGCCGAGGACCGCACCGUCCCGUCCAAGGACUUCCCACUCGAUCCGACGCUGGUGUUGCCUCCCAUGGUUCAGACGUCACGGGUGCGGAAGUGGCAGGUCCUGCCUGGGCGGACACAUCCGCUCAUGACUGGACGAGGCGGCGCAGAGGGCUACGUCUUCACGGCGACGAGAGUCUUGCCCCUCGAGGGAAAAGUAGAGGCGCGAGGGAGACCACCGCGCAACGGGAAAAGACAGAAAGUGCAGGAAAGUGAUACUCCUCAGGCAGAGGACGACACCUCGUCGUUAUCCAAGACGUCUGUGGUCGAAGCUCAAGGAGACCAAGCGGACUCGGAUGUCUUGAUGGCCGAAGCCUCGCGGGACGUGGAAGACACAGAGAUCAAGACGGGAGACUAG